UCUCCCUCAUUCUCUACAGCACAUCCUGCUAGUGCUUCUGCCAAAUUUCCAGUGUUUCCUUUUCUACCUGCUGGGCUUGGAGUUGCUCCAUUUGGGUUAAACUGAGACCCCUUGUUACUCUGUUCAGUAAGAAACCUCAACAGAGCUGAUGGCCCCCAGAUGGUACAGCCCAGAAAUGCAGCAUAGCCACCCCAAAAGCUACAAAUGCCCCCAUCUCCAGACACCUCCAGCCUGAAGGAAGGUCAACCUCUGCCUCAGCCUCUCUGACCUGCAGCCUCAGAGGAGGGGGAGCCUGGCAGCUAAGUUGCCUAUCUAGGGAAUUGUGGGAUGCAUGCCCAUAAGUCAUAGCACUUAACGAUUGAAUGCUGUCCCAGUGUAGCUGCAGGGCAGUUGAACAACCCAUAGACACAUGAGCAUGGAUGCAAACCACCCUGUUAGCUUUAACUGAGCUAUGCAACCCCAGCUAGGAACAGUCACACUCACUCAGAAGUACAGAAAGGCCUAAGGGAGUUUUGGCAGCACUCUCCACUCCCUGUUCUGAGCUGAAAUCCUCAGUCACCUCCCAAGCAACUCACACAUUUCACCUUUUCUGAGGCUCUAAACCAUAGGGUUCCUGAGUGCUGCAGCCAGCUGUCUCCCUUGGGCCAGGAUGUGUUCUCCCCCCGUUCUUCAUCACCUUCCCAGCUCUGACUUUGAAUCCCUUGCUAAAGGGGUGACCUGCCCCACUUUCUCCUCUGAUCUUCCCAACUUCUUUCUCCACACAUGCCACCUCUCCGCCUUACCUCCCCACCACCUUUCCUUUAUUGACGAUCAAUCAGUGGGGGCCUUCACCCUUGCCCUACUGCCCCUCUGCACUGGCUGAGCUGGUGCAAAGGCGCUCUAGAGCAGGUGUAGGCCCCCCCAUGGAAUACCCUGGCACAGAAAGUUGUCUGUGGGAGCCUCAGAACUAGCUCUGUACCUGCUCUGUCCCCCCAUGGAAACACCCAGCACAGGGGACACUCAAGAGCAGGCUGGGAACAGGAGGGUAGCAUCUGGGUUGUUGUGUCUUAGAGUCUAAACACCGUUAAGAAUAGGGUGAAACCACACUGGCACAGUUGGAGUCCGAAUAACCAUGUUUAAAGAGAUAUAACUCAAUUCCUAUACACUACAGUUGUCUCAAGACUCCAGCUCUUCACCAUUGCAGCAGCGCCCAUAUGGGCCUUGGAAACCAGAGCGCAAUCUAGUGCACCCUGAGGGAUGGAUCUGGACCCAUGUUUUCUCCCCUCCCAUGUGCUACCGAUACCUCAGAGUUCAAACAUAGGAAUCGCCGCACAAGAGCAGAGCAGUGAUCCACGUACUGCAGCGUCUGGUCUCUCACAGCGGCCAGAACCAGAUGCUUCAGAGGAAGGUGCCAAAAACAAAACAAAAAUCCAGUUAGGAAAUAACCUGCCCACAGGAGAAAUUUCUUCCUGCCCCUGUCCGUUCUGGGUCACACCCUGACGCCUGAGGGUCUGUAUCCCCUCCACACGCUCUGUCACGAUGGGGGUCCUCAUCCUCCGUUUUUAAUCCUACUGCUUGUCAGUUCCCUCAGUCCCCUCCACUGCCCCUCUCCCCGCCAUGCUCUGUGCGGGCAGCUCGGCUGUCUGAGAGGGGGGAUUUCCCAGGGCUGCUCCCCCAGCUCCUAGCUGUCCAGCGACUCUUUCCAUUUCCUGCUGGAGGGCGGCUCGGGGCCUGAUUCGCGGGCUGCAUGGUGCGCGACCCUCCCGGGAUGGAAGCAGACGGGACAGAGCCUGCACAAUCUGAGCUUCGGCCGCCAGCUGAUGUGUUAACAGCCGCGCGGCCCCCUGGCGUCUCUGUCCCGUGUUGUAGCGGGGAAGUCGCCGCGUCCUCCCGCCCCUCGCCCCCUUCGCCACUUCCAGGGCAACGCUCUGACCCUUCGACUCUCGCCGCCGCGCCGCGCCGCGCCGCGCCCUCGGGGGGGCCGCGGCCGCGGCCAGCUGCGCCGCAACCUGCGCGGGCGCUGCCUCUUUAAGACGCGGCCGGUGGCCGAGCUGCCUGAGGAUUGGUGCUUUAUUCCCGAGGCCGGGGGAUGAGCUCAUCUGCAGCCAACCGCGGCGCCUGUGGGGAGCCGGCCCCUCGCUCCGCGCCCGGCCCCAGCAGUGGGGCGAGGGGAGCGGCUCCAUGGGGGCGAGGUGGGUCCCGCACCCCCAGGGACCAGGCUCCUGACCCCAGCAGGGACUGAGCUGCUGAGGAUGCCCUGAGAGUGGCCAAGCCAUGAGCAGAGUCUCCCGUGAGUGCUUGGACUCGGAGUCCUGCUCCCGGGCGCUCUCCCAGGCCCGAAUGUAUCUCGAGCAGAUUCGGAGCCGUGUCUCUCCAGGGGGCCCUGAUGUGCAUGGAGCUGGGAAGCGGGAUUACCUGGUGGAUGCAGCAAAGCAGAUCCGCCUGGCACUGGAGCGGGAUGUGAGCGAGGACUAUGAGGAGGCUUUCAAUCACUACAAGAAUGGCGUGGACGUGCUGCUCAGCGGUGUGCAGGUUGACCCCAAUAAGGAGCGCCGUGAGGCCGUGAAGCGGAAGAUCACACAGUACCUGAAACGGGCUGAGGAGAUCUUUAACUGCCACCUGCAGCGGACUCUGGGGAAUGGGAGUUCCACUGCCACGGGAUACAGCAGCCUUCGCUUUCGGCCCAUCAGGACACUCAGCUCGGCUGUGGAGAACCUGAGGCACUGCAAGGUUGUGGGAGUGAUUGAGAAGGUGCAGUUAAUCCAGGAUCCAGCCACUGGGGGGACCUUUAUACUUAAGAGCCUCCCCAAAUCCCAUGUGGAGACCCGUGAGCGGCAGACCAUCAUCCCGCACGGAGUCCCCUUCAUGGCCAAGCUGCUGCACUAUUAUGUGAGCGAAGACUCCAUCUUCCUCCACCUGGAGCAUGUGCAGGGAGGGACACUCUGGUCCCAUCUUCACUCCUGGCCUCGAUUACAGCAAGGUUCCUCUGAUGGCCCCAGUAGCCUAAUCCCAAAGCCCAGCUCAGCUCUGGUAGGCUAUGGUGAGAAGCAGCGAGUAGGGAGCCGCCCGGGGGCUGGCUCGCAAUCCAGCCAGAGCUCCAGCUUCUGCCCAGAGAAUGGCACUGACUUCCCAACCUCUGCGAAUUGCCAUUCACCAGAAAUUGCUGACCAAUCAUCCUCUCAGGAGCAGUCACCUGACCACAUGGAUGCCAGACCAGGGACUGGCUGCAGGUUCCAUACUGGCCCCACCAAUGGCCUUAAGGGAGUUACUGGGGGGAAGGAUUUAAGUGCAACAUACACUCUGUUUGGUGUCACUGAUUAUGCCAUCAUGGCAAUGGCCAAGGGAUGCAGGGACCAGAGCUUGGCCUUCCAGUCAUGUGACUUAUUAACCAGCAGUGAUGGUGUCAGCAAUGUAUCAGAGAGGGAAGCUUCUCAGCAGGACACAAGGCUACCGGCUGAUGAAAGGCCGCCCCAGUCUCCUGCUGCAGUCCCGAAGGCUGUUGGAGGAGGCCACCUGGUGAAGGUGGAACCUCGAGUUUGCCAGGUGUCUGAUGCUCCCUGGGUUCAGCCCACAUGGCCCCCAGUGGCUCCCCCAGGACAAAGGCAGCUGCACCCUGGAACCACCCUGCACAGCUCCAGUGAGUCCUACAAGUGUGACGCUGGGGGGCAGGAGUCAUUGAGGAGUAUCUCAAGGGCCCGAGAAGGAGAAGGCCAUGAUCAGCACAGAGAGCAUCCAACUGCAGGACAGCGUGGGCCUCCAGUCCAUCGUUUUUUCCAAGGGGAUGGUCAGGGUACCUGGGAUGUGAAUGAAGAACUCAUCCGGCUGUGGGCAGCCGAAAUGCUCUUGGCUCUGGAGGGACUCCACCAACAGGGUGUGCUGUGCCGGGACCUCAACCCCAGAAACCUGCUGCUAGAUGGUGCUGGUCACAUCCGUCUCACCUUCUUUGGCCAGUGGACCGAGGUGGAGCCACAGUGCUGCAGCCAGGCCCUGGAAGAUAUGUACAGCGCCCCAGAAGUGGGUGGGAUUUCUGAGCUGAAUGAGGCCUGUGACUGGUGGAGCUUUGGGUCCCUGCUGUACGAGUUACUGACUGGAAUGUCGCUGUCCCAGAGCCACCCCUCGGGGAUUCACCCUCACACUCAGCUGCACCUUCCGGAGAGGCUCAGCCUGUCUGCUGCAUCCCUGCUCACUGAGCUGCUGCAGUUUGACCCCAAGCGACGCUUGGGCUCUGGAGGAGGCGGAGUCAACAAGCUGAAGAGCCAUCCCUUCUUCAGUACCAUCCAGUGGAACAAGCUGGUUGGCUAGACAGACACGUGGAGCAGCGAGGAGUGAAGGAUGGAGUCAUGGUGCCAGGCAGGGGACUGGCAGAGUGGGGCCCAGGGAGAGACCCAGAUCCUGUUGGGGAGGCAGAAUAUCCCCCUAGAUCAUUGGGUCACUGGGACCUGUGAUCCUGGGUGGUACUUGCAGCUCUGCCAGUCUCAGGGAGGUCCACUUCUGCAAGGGCUGAUGGCAGAGGUCUGGAUUGGGUCCAAUUUGCAGCCUUGGGUUCUUCUUCCUGGGAUAACUUCCAUUGGCGUUGCAGUAGAAUUUCCAAGAGAUCAGGCCAGGCUGGGGUCAAGUCAUGUUGUCUCCCUGCCCUCCUUCCCCCAGGUCCUCCUAUUCUCACCCUACAUCUAACCCAACCCUGGUAAAGGUCACUGACCCCUACAGAGGUGAAGACAUCAGUGUCAGGGGACCUAACUCAGUGCUCUUGGCCUACUACCCUUGCUGUCCCAUGGGUUCCCUGGGACAUUCCUGCCCCUCUUGACCCACAAGCUCUGUGGGGCCCUCCUUGCCUCCCCUGCUCACCUAGGGGCCUAGAGGGGCAGUAUCUCCCUCUGGGGCAGCUCCUUCUCUGUCCAUAGAUUCCACCAGCUCCCUGAUUCUGCCUGCCCUUGUCAGUGUGGGAUUCCCCCCCAUCCCAGUUACUCUCUCCCUAUUUCUCUCUGUUGCCUGAGCUCUUUACGGAUUAAUAAUGCAUUCCCAAUGGCUACCACUAGAUGGGGUCUGGAGUUGUGGUCUGUGUGUCUCACUGGCUGCAUGUGCACUAGCAGCACCUGCCCAUGCUGUCUUAGGGGUGGGGGGAGGAGCCACCCCCUCUGCUCCCCAGUGUGUGAGAGGCUCCCCUGGGAUCUCCCACCUGCUCCGAGUGAAUGUCUGAAAUCAAUAAAACAGCUUCGCCCAA